GAUUGGAUCGUCACAAUGGCGCCGCCGGUGCAGCCGCUGUUGCUGCCGCUGCUGUUGGGGCGGCUCGCGCGCUCCUGGGCCGCUUUGCUGCAGGCGCUGGGACAGCCGCCGGCUUUAGCUCCUGCAUUGGCAGUACAUGCUCCAGUCGCUCUGCCUCACAAUGAGUCUCACGAUGAUGGUGAGACUAACAGCCCCAGCUUUCUGGACAGCAUCUUCUGGAUGGCAGCACCUAAAAAGCGCCGUACUAUUGAAGUCAACCGAUGCAGGAGGAGAAACCCGAACAAACUGGAGAAAGUCAAGAACAAUAUAGAGGUCUGCCAAGAGUGCGGGCAUUUGAAAUUGAAACACGUUCUCUGUAGUUUCUGCUAUCAAAAAGUUCAGCGUGAGACAAGCCUUAUAAGAGCUCAGAUUCAAGCACAGGAAGGGAGACCACACAACGCACCCGCUGUAGAGACGGUGGUAUUGUACGAAGGAGAGAAAAUGACAGACACUGAGAACCAGAGGGUAAUUGAACGGAACAGAAAACGCCCAUUGUGGUUUACGCAGUACUGAUGCUGCGAACUCCCAAUCUGAUUAAUGAUUCUUCUUUUAAAAAUUGUUGGGGAACUGGGUAAAUUGUCUCAAUUUUUUUUGAAAAAAUCACUAAUAAAAGCAAUUCAAAUGAGA